ACAAACGGAAGAGAAGCGAGCGGGAACCGACGUUUACUUCACUUAAUCCUCCAAAUAAAGACUGUAUCAAAGGAGAAAUUCAACAUGUCACCGCAGGAAAGUUUUACAUCAAAGGGAAACUUGAGGAAAAUCCUAAUGUGGGCUAUCAGUCUGAUUCUGCUGUUUCAGUCCAGGCUGACGGAGGCCAGGAGAGGACCGGAGGCCAGGAGAGGACCGGAGGUCAGCGGCUCGGCGGCUCCGAGGAGAGCUGGCUGAGGCUGCAGCCCGUGGUGGAGUGUGGACACGACGCCAUGACCCUCACCGUCAGGAGGAGACGAGCUGUGCAGCUGCAGCUGGACCGAGUGAAUGAGUCCCCCGUGCUCCUGUCCCAGCUGCCACCUCAGUGUGGCUACUCUGUUCAGACCACGUGGAGAGACCUCCGUCUGAUGGCUCAGUACGAUGCCUGUCAUAUCAUACAGGAGGAUGGCAGCUUUGUGUUGCCUCUGCUGUGGAGAGGGACUCCAGUGAGGAUGUCCUGCCCAGCCUCUGAGCUCCAGCCUCGGCCUCCCUCCGUCUGCUGCUCCCCGUACGGCAUGACUGUCAGAGUGCAGGGACUCCAAACCACAGAGGAGCUGAGGGUGAAUGUCAGAGGAGAGUGGACCCCUCUGGUGGAGUUGGCCGAGCAGUGUGGCUACACUUUGGACAGACGCGAUGCAGAGAUCGUCAUCACCGCUCCAUUCGUGACGUGUGGCAUCACAGUAAAGGAUGGAAAGCACACGCUGCCUCUUCAGAUAGGAGAGAGGACGUUCACACUGUCCUGUCCCGUGUCUCCUCCCGAAGAGCUCCCACUGACCCAUCAGCCUCCGAUCCCUCAUCACGAAACCAGAGGACCAGCCGAGCACAUGCCAGAACCCCUGGAGCCUUUUCCCUGGGCUCCACCUUUCUACCUGGCCCCGCCUUACUACCCCCACCCGACAAAUCGCCACAAGUAUCCAAAUCUGGAUGGAAACGAUGCAUUUAACCCCCCGACUCCCUCAUCUUCCACUCCUGAGCCUACGUUUGGUCCUCUGCCUCUUCCUACCUACGAGGCUCCUUUAAGGGAGUCUUACAAACAUUUCGGCGUCCACACUUCUUUGUCAUCUACAGACGAUAAUGAGGACUCGAGUCGGGUGCAUCCAGAUCUGCAACAAAGCAAGAAACUCCGGUCGCAGGUGUCUCUGAGCGGCACGGUGCUGCACAUUCCUCCUCACACAACACAAGCUUUCCCAUUCAAGUGGAAGCUCCUCUCCAGCCCCCCGGCCACGCCUUCAAUCCGUACUAUCACUACUACCAUCACCCUAAAAUCCCUCUUCAUGGAGCACCUCAAGAUCCAGAGCCUCCUCGAGGACUGUCUCUAACUAAUCCUAAUAAAUAUCCAGUUUUACCUCCCGAUGCGCAGCAGCAGUCUGAGGCUCUCCGCAGACUUAACUCACAGCGGCUCCUUCAGCCCGAGCCUGAGGCUUCCUCUCAUCCUCAC